UGUAUCUGUUUACCAGAGGGGUAGCUUCCAUUCCAGUGUCGGCUUUCGUAAUACGAUGCUAACUUCUUAAAUACUAAAAUUGAAUACUUUUGUCUCCUGCCAUUGUCUUAUAAUGCCGCCUAUAUCUGAUGAAGACUGGGCUUCAGCCAUAGAAGAAUAUGUAAAUAAAAAUAAAGUGAUGAUUUUCAGUAAAUCUUUUUGUCCCUAUUGUACGAAGGUUAAAGAGUUAUUUAAUUCCUUGAAUGUGGAGUAUUAUUGCUUGGAAUUAGAUAAGACGGAUAAUGGUCCUCAAAUGCAGAGAGCUAUGGCUGCUAAAGCUGGGAAAUCAUCAGUACCACAAGUUUUUAUUGAAGGUCAGCACUUAGGUGGUUGUGAUGAUACCAUGGCAGCUCAUAGCAGUGGGAAAUUGCUGGAAUUAUUAAAUCCAGAAAGUGAGAAAUACGACUAUGACUUGAUAGUUAUUGGAGGAGGAUCAGGAGGUUUAUCUGCAUCUAAGGAAUCUGCAAGAUUAGGGAAGAAAGUAGCUGUUCUUGACUUUGUUACUCCCACACCUAUUGGCACAACAUGGGGUCUUGGAGGUACAUGUGUAAAUGUUGGUUGUAUUCCAAAAAAAUUAAUGCAUCAAGCUGCACUUUUAGGUCAAGCAAUAAAGGACUCUAAAAAUUAUGGAUGGAAUAUUUCUGGAGCUGUUGAACACAACUGGGCAGUGAUGCGAGAAAAUAUUCAGAAUCAUAUUGGAUCAUUGAAUUGGAACUAUAAAGUUCAGCUUCGAACAGAACAAGUGAAGUAUGUUAAUGCAUAUGGACAAUUCAUUGAUGAUCAUCACAUUAAGGCUGUUGAUAAAAAGGGCAAAGAAACACCAAUGUCUUCAAGACAUUUUAUUAUAGCUACCGGUGAAAGACCAAGGUAUCCUGAUAUUGAAGGAGCUAAAGAAUAUGGCAUUACUAGUGAUGACCUCUUUUCUUUGGAAAACUCUCCUGGGAAAACCCUGGUUAUUGGUGCAUCUUAUGUUGCCUUAGAAUGUGCUGGAUUUUUGUCUGCUCUUGGUUUAGAUGUUACUAUUAUGGUUCGCUCCAUACUGUUAAGAGGCUUUGAUCAAGACAUGGCUGAAAGGAUUGGCGAAUACAUGGCAAAAGAAGGAAUUAAAUUCAUCCGUCCAUGUGUUCCUCAAAAAGUUGAAAAACUGGAAUCUGGAGAGCAUAAAUUGAGAGUAUAUGCAAAAAUGCAGUCAGGUGAAGAGAUUAUUGGAGAGUAUGAUACAGUAUUAUUUGCAAUUGGACGCAAUGCCUGUACUGAUAAUAUUGGAUUAGAUAAAGUUGGUGUAAAAGUAAAUUCAAGCAAUGGAAAAGUGCCUGUCGAAAAUGAGCAAACUAAUGUUCCUCAUAUAUAUGCUAUUGGUGACAUUUUAGAAGGAAAGCCUGAAUUGACUCCUGUGGCAAUUGAAGCUGGAUCAUUAUUGGCUAAACGACUAUAUGCUAAUAGUAAUGUUCAGUGUGACUACACGUUCAUUCCAACUACAGUAUUUACACCUUUGGAAUAUGGUUGCAUCGGGUUUUCAGAAGAGAAAGCUCUUGAGACUUAUGGUGCAGAAAAUAUUGAGGUGUAUCAUUCUAACAUUAUGCCCCUUGAAUGGACUGUACCUAAGCGAGAAGCUAAUGCAUGUUAUUGCAAGCUGAUAUGCUUAAUUCCUGAAAAUGAACGAGUAAUAGGUUUUCAUUACUUGGGACCAAAUGCAGGUGAAGUUACACAAGGCUUUUCUUUAGGUCUGAAAAAGGGUGCUACCAAAGCGGAUUUUGAUGCUAUGAUUGGAAUACAUCCAACAUGUGCUGAGAUUUUCUCAACUCUCACUGUUACAAAAAGCUCUGGAAAGUCAACUUUGCAAGCUGGUUGCUGAGGUUAAAUCCUACUGCUGUUUCACUAAAAUGUGGAUUAUUUAGUCUGAACUAAGAACACUCUAAGUUGGUUGAAAUUUCUAAUUACUUAAUCUUUUUAAUUUUUAAAAAUCAACCUUGUUUUCAGACUCAAGAUAAUCCACACACAGCAGUAGGACAAUGUUAUUUAUCUUAAUCUUGGAUUUGGAGUAACUAUAUGUAUGAUGGCUUUUCUGUAAACCGCUAAUGUGGCUAGAAUAAGCCGGAUGUGUUCAGAUCCAAAGAUUCAGAUUCUAUUUGUAAAAAUACUUUUAAAGAAAAACAAUUUGAAUGUUAUUCAUGUUCUGGAAUUCAAAAUGUGAUAUCUUUAGUGUUACUUUUUAAUGAUUUUAGCAAGUGCUCUAUUUAUUACCUAAUGCUUUACUAAUGCUUUGAACUUGUUAAAUUGUUAUAAAUAAUAUAAAAUGAGAAAAUGUACCUAUUUUAGUAAUAAAAUGCUUUUGAA